AAAUGAUUUAUCCAUCCGUCUGAAGAAGAACGGGAGAAGCGAAGUGGAGGAUUCACAGCUGCUCACCCAACUCGUCUCCGCCGUCGUCGAACUAUGACGUAAAUUAGCAAAGACGAAGGAGUAAAUCGCAUCCAUGGCCUCCCUUUCCGCUUCAUCCCCGCCUUGUCAUCUCGUCUAUGGCCGCUGCAACCCAUCCCACUCAUUGCUUUUCCGCUUCCCUUCGCUUCCUGCUCCGCUUGGCUCCGCCUGCUUGGCCUUCCGGUACGCCGCAGAGGGAGGCAGGCUGCAGAGCAGUGCUUCCGCAGACGAUCCUGGCCUUCUAAGGAGGCCCCUUGGCUUUUCCCCCUCGAAGGAAGACCAAAAGGAGGAGCCUUUCUCCUCCGCUGACCGGAGGCGGCCGGGAAGAAACCAGCAGCAGAAGGACGAGGAGUGGUUGGAUUGGGAGGACGUGAUUUUGGAGGACACCGUUCCCCUCGUUAGCUUCGUCAGGAUGAUCCUGCACUCUGGAAAGUAUAAAAGUGGAGACAAACUGAGCCCUGAGCAUGAAAAGACAAUAUUAGAAAGAUUGCUUCCAUAUCAUCCACAAUCUCAAAAGAAGAUAGGUUGUGGAAUUGAUUACAUCACGAUAGGGUAUCAUCCACAAUUUGAAAACUCCCGCUGUUUGUUCAUUGCUCGAACGGACGGGGAGUUAGAAGAUUUCUCAUAUUGGAAGUGCAUAAAAGGUUUCAUUCGGAAGAAUUACCCUCUGUACGCGGAUUCUUUCAUUUUACGCCAUUUGCGAAGGCGCAGGUUCACAGGGAUGGAAUCUUAACUUGGGAAAAUAAAAAAUA